AUGGAACAGCCCAAUCCCGAACAAGCAGAAGACUUUAAAGAAAUAGAGAAAAGCAUUAACGUAGAACAAGUGAUCGGUAAAGAUCCCGUUACUGAAAAGGAAAGACCCAAGUCGUGAGUUUUGAAGCAAAUUGAUCCUAGGGAUACUGAAAAAUUUACCUCUGAAGACAAGAAAGACAAGCUGAAAAGAGCAUUGACUUCAACUGAUAUGUCACCUAAAAGAAAAUUUAAUGUGCCGAAUAAAGAAGAGAUUGAAAGACCUGACAUUAAGCAGGUGAAACAGAGCUCAUUUAAACCGAAGAAAAAGAACACUACAAAGAACUCAAAGGAUGGAUCGGUCAGAGAGAAUAAAGAGCUAGAAUGGUUUUCUUUUGAAAACAGGGUUCGAGAUAUCAUCAAGGAUAUCCUAGAGCCAUACGCUAUCAGAUCAAUCGACCUCCAAGAAGCUGUCGAAAACCUCACUGAAGGUCAUGAUCGGUUCAAGAGGAAGCAGGAUGAAAUGGAGUUCGUCAUGCACAAGCGAAGCCACAGAAAUAGUGGCAUCGAUGAACUUAAUAAAAAGCUAUUUGAUAUUGAAAACGAAAGAAAGGUCAGAGAAGCUAAGAAUAUGCAAGCUAUCCAGGGUCUCAAGGUGCAGCUCGAUUCUACUCGUGAUAGAAUGACCCAGAUUGAAGAACUCAGUUUGACCUUUAAGAAGCAAGCCAAUGAUAUUAAAUAUGAGGUUAAUGGAUUUUUCGAUAAAUUGACAGAAUUUCAAGAAAGAUUUUCUAAAGAGCAGUUAAAAUAUAAGGAAGACAUGAACAAGAAUUUCUUGACCCUUAGAAACCAAUAUAUCAAAACAGAGGAGCUUUCGAAAGUCAAUAAGAACUACAUUAACAGCCAUUUUGAUGAACUGAAGAGGCAUGAUAUGAUUGUCCAGUCCUAUCAAAAGAAUCUGGAUGAGAUCUAUAAGAAAAUUCAGGUGAUGGAUAAAGUCAAAAUCAACACCAAUGAUUUCAACGAUGAUCUCACCAAGAUUAAAAAGGAUAUCAGCCAUGUCAGAUUUCUCAACGAGGAUGUUUUCCAAAGUGUCCAGCUGAUCGACAACUAUAUUGAAGAUUUCAUACCAGUUAAAAUCGAAAAGCAGCUUAAGGAAUUCUACUCCAAAAUGAACCAAGGUGUGAACCAGAUCAGCCCUGUUUAUAAGUAUAAGCAAUUAUUUAAGAAGAGUAAAACCAAUGAAGUUAGCUCUAUCGAAGAAGAUACCCCACAACAGCCAGGGGAGAACACCGAAGAGAGUAAAGAUCAAAAACAAGGCCCUUGGAUGCCUAUCAGUUCAGAGUACUCAAGCCUAGGCCCAAAAGCGAUGAUUCAGAAGUAUAAGACCCUGACCACUAAUCUUGAGGGGCAGAAAGAAGAGCUAGAUGAGAUGGAAGAGAAUGAAAUUGAAAGAAUAGAGAAACUCCUCAAAGAAGAGAAAGAAAUUGAGCUUGAUGCUGACAAAGUCGUUGACUAUCUCAUUAAUCUCAUUGCUUACCUCAAUGAUGAAGAGGAGCAACAAGAGAAAAAUGGACAAAUUGUGAAGAAACAGGAUAUCAGUGUAAAGACUUUACUUAAAAAUCGUUUCCAAAAGGCUGGGUUCACAAAAGCCGCCUUGAAGCAAAGGAGAUAUACCAAUAGAGGAGCCGAGAGCCAGAAGAAUUUACUGAACAAUUCUAAACAUAUUCGUAAAAACACUGUUCUUAAGUCUAAUGAAAGUGUUAAGAGAGAUGAUUCUGAGGAUGAUAUGAGUUACACCCCUAUUAGAAGUGGGUUCUCCAACAUUGACGCACAGAAGAACCCUAAAAGUGUUGAUUUUGAGCAAGAGAAACUUACUAAGGAAAACCAGAGGCGGCCUCCACCAUACCAUGACAAAUUAGAGCAAAACUACAGAAAGCUAAAAAUAGAAGACCUGGAAGAAGACACUGCAGAAUUGAUUUUUAAAGCUCUGGAUGAUGUCAAGGAGAUCAAAGAGUCUGUUAUCAUUGAGAAAUCCAUGAUUGAGGAAACAAUGAAAGACCUAAAGUCUAACUUCGCAAAGGAGAGAGAAGUCCUUGAUGCUAAAUUUGAAAGCAACAAAAGAUAUCUCCAAAAAUACGCUGAGAAUAUCCAGAAGGACUUUGAAGAGGAACUUGUAAGAAGAAACAGAGAAAAAUCUAACUUUAGCUUAAAGAUCAAUGACCUUGAAGCCAAGGUUGAUAACUUAAAGAAUCAUUUUGAUCAUCAUGAUUCUGAUUCAGAGAAUAUGGCUGAGACAGUCAACUUAUUAGUCCAAACUGCUAUGAUUAAUCACUCAAUGGAGCUCCAAGAUGAGACUGAUAGAGAGAAGUUAGCACUUAUGGGAUAUAAAGAAGAAAGACCUGGUCUUAAGACUGCUUCCUCAAGGCAAAGAAGUAAACCCCUUGAAAGCAAUGGCCAGUAUGUGAAUCUUGACAAACAAUGUAUGACUUGUUCAGGUCAGUCUUCAGUAGUGAUGAAAGCAUUUAAAAUAGCAUGAUUGGCUUAUAAGCCAACCCCAGUGGUUUUUCCACAGAAUGGAGGAAGCACACAUACAAGAAUAGAUUUGAUAAAUUUGAAGGGAAGAAUGCUAGAGAAAUUAGAAACAAUUGCUAUUACUAAAUCAAUGAGAAAAGAAGGUGCUAAUCCACAGACUGAGAGGAAUAAACUUUUCAAUAUGUAUUUGAAAGGAGUGAAAGCAAAAAAUUCACAGAAAGAUCUGACUCUGAAUAGUUUAUUUCAUACAAGACAACCGAAAGUGACUAUAAGAACUGAGGCAAUGAGUAGUUCUUCAGCUGUCCGUUCUGGGAGCCAAAUGGAUAUGGCAAAUAAAUUGAAUAUGAAAUACCAAGCAGAAGAUUUUAUCAAGAAAAAUGUUACCAUGCUUACAGAUAAAACAUUAGCUCUGUCAAGAAACCCAUUUAAUGAGAAAGGAGUUAAGAAAAUCAAGAAAGGUGUAAUAGGAUCCAAUACAAUGUCUCUUCCUAAGAUACAAACAGCUAGAAACUUAGACCGAGGGUCACUAAAAAAUUAAACUUG